AUGUUCGCCAGCGGCGCAUCGUAUAGCUCGUCUAUGCCUGCACAACUCGCAGCUCGCAAUGAUCUCGCACACGUCAAGGCAGCGCUCAGCGGCUUCACCGACCUCGCCAUCGACAAGAACAUUCAGCGCACCACUUUCAUAUACGCCGUCGGCUCUACUCUUCCCAAGCGAGUCCGCAAGCUGGGCGUCAGAGACAUCGGUUCAUACCUGAACAGCAUCUUCCGCAGGGAGAGGAUUUUCCACAACGACAAGGAGGCUUUGGAUUCGCUUGAGGGCAUACUGAGCAAAGCCAUUGAGUACCACAUCACCGCCACGGACAUCGCCAUCACUGACGAUCGGUACAAGGAAUCGAUCGCUGCUAUCAAGUUCGAGCUUGAACAUAUAUCAGACAAGCAGGCUUUCUUCGCUCUGAUCAGCCGUUUUGUCUCCAAGGUCAGUGAUUGCUCGGGUGUGCCUGUGCCUGCAGCCAUCCUCGCUGCCAAGCGGAAUGUGAUUCCGGGCUCAGCCGCUGGCCACAUGCAGACCACCACACUUCCGAUGAAAACUGGCUUCAACUGGAGUGGUAGCCAUGAGGGCAAUGCAACCACUGCAGCUGAGUCGGACGACAUGGACUAUGACUUCGAUGGUGCUCCGGACGUACACACCAAUUCCGCUCCAGGAUCCGGAACCUCGCCUUUUCUUGGCGCUGUAUUCACAUUCCAGCCUGGUAAUGCAUCUCCGGAGUCGACUUCACCUGCACACACGAAGUUAGCGCCAAGGCAAGGGGAUCACGGUUACCUCGACGGAAUCUCUUACGAGCUUCGCCUAAAAGGGCUGGAGUUCUUCCAUGACGAAGUGGAAAGAAUGCACUGCGAAUUAAGCCCCUUCCAGGGCAUGCUGCUCGAUCAGGACGGGCUUUACGAGCUGACGCACGGUCUGGAUGCCAAGGUUCUCCACGACAUAGACACGGAAGUGUCAUCUCGUUCUAAUCCGCCGUCAGACACGUGGCUUGAUGAGAAAUACAAAGACGGGGUACAAACGGAGCUCAUCGCUCUGAGCAACGCAAGCAACUUCCUAGCAAGAGUGAAAGAGGUCUUGUACUCCAGAGACGUCGAGAUGGCCGACGUAUCCGCUCACAAUAGCUGGGCCGAUCCAACGCUCAACCAAGAAGAAUUCGACGCCCUCAACCCUCUGAAAGCCCCACCUUCGCUUCAAGGCUUAUCGGUCGACAAGCGCCGACACUUUCUCUGUCGUAUGCUACGCAAGGCGAAGCGCAUGAACGACAAAGCAAGGCCAGCGCAGAAAGAACGCUUACAACCCUCAGAGAUGAUGGACAUGGUUCAUCAAGACGAACUCGCAGUCCUUCACCGUAUCGACUCCGCGAUGCAGCACUCAAUCUUCGAGCGAGAUGACGCGGCAAUCGAAAGAGCGUACGAUAGCCAGUCUGAGUCUGAACUCCGGGAUUGCGGCAGACUGAACUCGUUUGUGAACAAAGUGAAAGGCUACCAUCGGCGUCUGAGGAACUUCAUCUCGUCGGCGAAGGGACGUGUCGUCGAUGCGUUUGGGUUGCGUGGCGACAGCGGCGCUGCUCAUACUGCUGAUGCAGAGUAUCACUCUCACCCUCCUCCACCAGUCCAAGACAUCAAGGACGCAUUCAUCUCCGCCCUUACGUAUUCCAUCAACGCCAUGAACUCUAGCGUGAGCGCCACACACAAUCUUGAUCAACUCCUUCUUCAGCCAGCCGAGGUGGCCGAUCUCGUGUCCAGAUUGGAAGCUCGCAUGUCGAGCGACCUUGAACAAAAGUACAUCGGCACGCCUUUGACGUAUCAGGAGCAAGAGACUCGAUAUGUUCAAGCUGGCAACCACUUUCUACAGUGGAUACAGACUACUCACUGCUUCAGUGAGACGGUCGAGGAGUAUCGUCAGUUGACACCUUGA